AUGGUUGGCUCGCUGGUGAAAGCCACAAUUCAGGAACUGUUGUACAGUUUGCUUUCACUCAACUUCUUUCGAACAAAUAAAUUCAGAAUUGGAUUGCUAGAAGACUUAAGGAUUGUGCUGCAGUAUCUUACUGUGAUGGUCGAUGAAGCUGAGGAGAAGCAGAACAAAAACCCAGUUGUUAAAUUGUGGCUGGUCGAGCUUCAAGAUGUUGUCUACCACACAGAGGAUCUCGUGGAUGAGAUGUGCACUGAAAGUUUAAGACACAAGUUGGAUGCUGAAUCUCAGACCAAGUCAUCAAGUCUGGAAUGGAAUAUAAAGGUGAUAAAAAAGAUGGAGGAGAUGCUUGACAGAGAUGCUGAUAAAGAUGCUAUUAUUAGUCUUUUGCUGUCUGAUGAUGUAAAGAGUGAACAGUUGUCUGUGAUUCCGAUCGUGGGCGAGGUUGGGGUUGGCUGGGAAUCCUUACAAUCUACUUUGACUGGUGUUGCAAAUGGAAGUUGUGUUAUUGUAACUACACGCGAUUCAGAAGUUGCAUCCAAGAUUAGCACUGGUUAUGAAUUUGAGAAAGAGAAGUUGGUUCUUUUAUGGAUGGCAGAAGGUCUUCCGCAAAAUCGUGGAAAGGAAGAUGAUGGUAACAAGUGCUUUGAUGAAUUAUUAUCGGAGUCUUUUUUUCAACAAUCAAGUGCCAAGAAUUCACGUUUUCUGAUGCAUGAUCUUGUGGAUGAUUUGGCUGCUCAUCUGUCUUGGAAACAUUUUUCCAGAUUGGAGGAUAAUAAUUCUUCUCAUAUCUCUGUAAGUACCCUGUAUUUGUCUCUCUGUAGAGGCAAAUAUGAUUACUCAGUGAUAUUUGAAAGUAUUGAUAAAGCCAAGUUUUUAAGGACAUUCUUGCCAAUAGAUCAUGAAUCAUGUUGUUUAAGUAGUAAUGAACUGCAGAAUAUGUUGUGCAAACUGCAAUUCCUACGUGUGCUUUCUUUAUCUCAUUAUCAUAUCACUGAGCUACCUGCUUCAAUAGGCAAUUUGAAACAUUUACGGUUCAUUGAUCUCUCUCACACUGGAAUUAGGUUGUUACCUGAUUCAGUUUGUGGACUAUGCAAUUUAAAAACGUUGAUAUUGUCAAAUUGUCAUUCUCUCACCAAAUUGCCAGAAAACAUGUGGAGGCUUAUUAACUUGCGUCAUCUUGAUAUUAGUGGAACUGACUUGAGUAGGUUGAAAAGACUUCAAACACCGCCUUACUUUGUCGUGGGCAAAAGAAGUGGCUCGAUGCUUAAAGAGUUGGGGGGUCUUCGGGAUCUUCAUGGGACGCUUCACAUUUCAAAGUUGCAGAAUGUAGUCUCUGAAAAUGAUCCAGUUGGCGCUCGUUUGUUUACCAAGAAAUACCUUGAUGAGCUAGUGUUGGAAUGGAGUAACAAUACUGUUGAUCAGGAAAAUGUGCUUGAAGCGCUCCAGCCUAAUAGUAAAAUGAAGAAGCUCAGCAUUAAUUUUUAUUGUGGUACAAGAUUUCCAAAUUGGGUGGGGCAUAUGUUAUUCUCUGGCAUGGUUUCCCUGCGUCUUAGCAACUCCAACAAUUGCUCAUCCAUGCCACCACUUGGACAGCUACCAUCUCUUGAAGUCCUCAUUAUUGAAUGGAUGGAUGCAGUGAAAAGCGUGGGUCCUGAAUUCUGUGGGAUGGAUAAGCCAUUUAAGUCUUUGAAGACUCUAACAUUUGAGGGGAUGUCGGAAUGGGAAGAAUGGGUUUCAUUUGAAGUUGGAGGUGGAGAAUUCCCUAGCUUAAUUGAGCUUUGUAUAAGGAGAUGCCCCAAGCUGAAGGGAAACUUACCCAAGCAACUUCCCUCUGUAGUAAAAGUUGAGAUUUCUGAAUCUCAGGAGCUUGUGACUGCAAUUAUGACAGAGGCAUCAUUACACAAAAGGACUCUACAUUAUCAGGAAAAGGUUCUAUUCAUAAGUGAAGAUAAAGUUGCCUCAUUCUUGGAGCAAAUGACUGUCUUUACAUAUAAAGGUGCCACAGACUCCUCAUUGCCUAUAACUAAAGGUGCCGCAGAAUCCUCAUUGCCCAUGACUACUCCAAAUUUUAGGGAUGAAGCUGAUGUUCCAACCAACAACUGGUCCAACCAAGGUAGACAGUAUUGUUUCGAGCGCACGCGGACUGUGUGGCUCACUGGUGAUUUUUCGACAUCAUCAGUUGGCGCCAUCUAUAGGAAAGACAGCGACUUGUAA